CUCUCCCAGCAUGGAUGAGCCAUGUGUAUCCUAAGGAAUAACAGCAGCUGCUGCGCCCACGAUGGGGAGCAGAGGAAUGCGCGGAGGAGAGGGCUCGCUGGGGCAGAAUCAAAGAACCUGUGUGUGACAUCGUCAUGAAUGAGAGAAGAAAGUAAUACAGUAUUGGAUGUGCCUGUUUGCUGCCACUAUUUAGAGAGAAAAUGAUGCAUUAUGGGGAAUCACUCGAAGGGACUGAAUGAGAUGAACUGUUUGGGUUAUAGUGUCUGAAAGGCUCAAUUAUUCUCUUGGAGACAUAUUCUAAAUGAGCCUGACCGAGAUACUGGAUCUGUGUGAAGAGGACUAAGGAUAUAGGAUGUCAACUGAGGCAGAACUUCAAGUGGCUGUUAAAACCAGCACAAAGAAAGACUCCAAAAAGAAAGGUCAGGAUCGCAGCGAAGCCACUUUAAUAAAGAGGUUUAAAGGUGACGGUGUCCGAUACAAAGCAAAGCUGAUUGGGAUCGAUGAGGUUUCAGCCGCACGGGGAGACAAGUUAUGCCAGGACUCCAUGAUGAAGCUCAAGGGAAUUGUUGCUGCGGCCCGUUCGAAAGGAGAGCAUAAACAGAAAAUCUUCUUAACAGUCUCCUUUGGUGGAAUCAAAAUCUUCGACGAAAAGACAGGGCUACUACAGCACCACCACGCAGUUCAUGAGAUAUCGUACAUCGCAAAGGAUAUCACAGACCACCGAGCGUUUGGAUAUGUGUGUGGAAAGGAGGGAAAUCAUCGAUUUGUGGCAAUAAAAACAGCCCAGGCAGCUGAACCUGUGAUUCUGGACUUGCGAGAUCUGUUUCAGCUCAUCUAUGAACUGAAACAAAGGGAAGAAAUGGAAAAAAAGGCGCAAAAAGACAAGCAGUGUGAACAGGCGGUAUACCAGGUUCCUACCAGCCAAAAGAAGGAAGGUGUUUAUGAUGUGCCAAAAAGUCAACCUGUAAGUCUGGAGAAUGGAAACUUAUUGCUGGACAUUGAUGAAAAUCUUGGUUCAGUCACUCAGGCUGUUACCCAACUAGAGCUUUUUGGGGACAUGUCCACUCCUCCUGAUGUAACCUCUCCCCCAACUCCUGCUACUCCAGGUGAUGCCUUUAUCCCAUCUUCAUCCCAGUCACUUCCUGCUAGUACAGACAUGUUUGGUUCUGUACCUUUCAGCACUGCUGCCGUACCCUCAGGUUAUGUUGCCAUGGGAGCUGUUUUGCCCUCAUUCUGGGGACAGCAACCACUUGUUCAACAGCAGUUGGCCAUGGGUGCUCAGCCUCCAGUUGCUCAGGUGAUGCAGGGAGGACAGCCAAUAGCGUGGGGCCAACCUGGUAUUUUUCCUCCUACCCAGCAGCCCUGGCCAUCUGUAGCUGGUCAGUUCCAACCAACUGCCUUCAUGCCAACACAAACUGUUUUGCCUUUACAAGCAGCCAUGUUUCAAGGUACCAUUGCUCCUAUAGCUACUGUUCCACCCACAAGCGAUUCCAACAGAUCAAGUCCGCAGACAGACAGGCCCAGACAGAAAAUGGGAAAAGAAAUGUUUAAAGAUUUCCAGAUGGCUCAGCCUCCACCAGUGCCAUCAAGAAAACCAGAUCAGCCUUCCCUCAGUUGUACCUCAGAGGCCUUCUCAAGUUACUUUAACAAAGUUGGGAUGGCACAGGAAGCAGAUGAUUGUGAUGACUUUGACAUCUCUCAGUUAAAUUUGACUCCUGUGACUUCCACGACACCAUCAACAAACUCACCUCCAACCCCUGCACCCAGACAGAGUUCUCCAUCGAAAUCAUCAGCAUCUCAUACCAGCGAUCCUGCUGCAGAUGACCUCUUUGAAGAGGGGUUUGAAAGCCCAAGCAAAAGUGAGGAGCAGGAGGCUGAAGCAGAACCUCUCUACGCCCAGAUCAACAGACCUAAGAAAUAGCAUUGGUACGGGCUUGCGGUGCUCCGAGACUCGAAUGAAACCCAACCACCUGGCAGGCCUUUGGCUCUCUUGCUUUUUUCCGAUUGAUUUUGUCUGGCAAGGAUAGAUGAUUGCCCUCCUGGACCGGCUCUAUGAGCGUUCCUGACAAUUUUUGGCAACCGAUGGCAGAUCCCUAUGGCAGCACAAAGUGACAGCUCCCUGCUUAGCGCACCAGGAGUCCGGCCCUGUCUCCACAACUCAUGGGUAUCCAGACUAGGAAAUCUCACUACUCGCUCUUCUUUUCAACAUUUCUUGUCUUGUGUAUGCCACAUAUAAAUAAUGAGCAUUCCUUUUCUUUUGAGCAAAAAAAAGCAGAAUCUGUAUGUAGCAGUGGCAUUAUCAUUCAACAGCCUUUUGGGCACAAGUCGGCACUUUUUAUGUCAUGGUGACAUGUUUUUCAUCAUCAUUUACAUCAGGCUGAUCCUGAGUUGUUUUGUUUUUCCUUGUGUAGGCAUAUUUAAACAGCAACAACAGAAAAACACUGGCAGUGUCAUUUUUUUUCUAUUUCUUAUUCUGUAGUUUUGUAUGAGUGACAGAUCCAAGAGCAAAACGCCUCCCGCGGAAAUGAUUCUUAACUUGAAACCACAGAAUAAAACUCUGUUGUUUAUCCAUCCGGACUGAAAAUGUUGCCAAAUGUACCUUUACGUUCUAGCGCAUCAUGAGGAAGAAAUGCUGCUUUUCUGUUUGAAUACUCAUGUUGUGGGUAGAGAAAGGACAUGGAAUCCCACUGAUGGAAGAGACGGAAGAUUCAGUAUUUCCUAGGAAACUCUAAACAAAGUACAGAAAAGGAAUAUUUUUAUUUCUUCGAUAUCUUGCUGCUGUAAUGCUAUGCAGACAAGUGUUUUCUUCUCUGUGUGCCAUUUUUGAUGAAAAAAAAAAAAAAUCAUUUGCCAAAUAAUACUGGUAUGAUUCUGGUUUAGGAAGUUGGAUGAAA